UCAGAAGAGCUUUAUUGCCAAGUGUGCUUGCACACACAAGGAAUUUUCUUUGGUGUUGGAAGCUUCUAGUACAGACAUUCAACACAAUGCCAAUACAAUAUAAUACGAUUUACAGUCUAAAAGAUUCUAAAUUGUGCAUAUAUAAAAUAAAGACUAUUUUACAGAAAAUGGGGGAUAAUAACAUAUAAGAGACAUUGUACAGGGUAGUAUAUAGUAGAAUAAACAUAUUAACAGAUUGUAUGUACACUUGUGCAAAUGGAUAAUUUAGUAAGCAUUUUAAUUUAAUAAAACUUGUCCAUAGUUUAACAGAGGGCAAGAUGACAGCUGGGCAUUAACAUCAGAACACAUACAAAAAAAGAUUACAGGCACAUAUGAAGUUAAUAGAAAUAAUCAAUAACAAUAGGAAUUACCCCUAAAACUAAACUUGUAGGUCUACGGCUACAAAACACAGCUUGUAGGUUGCCAAGUCUUUGGUUUUCUAAUGCAAUGGGCUACUUUUUUACUGUCGAGUAGGGUUGUUAUAUAUAUAUAUAUGUUUUAUAUAUACGUUUUAGGUUUUGAAGUUGCCGAUUUUGAGUGCUAAUGUUUGGGCUAGUUUUGAUUCACCAUUGGGCUGGUUUUGUUAUGCAGAUCUGGCAACCCUGCUUCUAGAUCCUAAUGACCCAGUUACCCUGAGUGACCUAUUACAUCAGACCUGCUUUUAAAGGGACAGCUCACCCAAAAAUGACUUUCUUUCUUCUGCAGAACACAAAAGAUAUUUUGAAGAAUGUCGAUAACCAAACAACACUCCUUUGACUUCCGUUAUGUGAACACAAAACCACUGGGACAUAUCACAAAAUAUCUCUUUAUGUGCGCUCACAUACAGGUUUACAACCACAUGAGGGAGAAUAAAUGACGAGAGAACUAUCCAGCGUCCUUCGUGCUGCUUGUUUUAAAGCUAAUGCCAUUAGCUUCUCGCAAAUAAGAGACUUCUAGUUUAAAAGUGUUUGGGUGUUAAACUGGCUUCUCUCUCUUCCACCUGUAAAAGAAGAAGAGAGUUCGAGACACAUUUCAGCCUAGCACAACACUUCAAAAGGCGUCAUAAGCAAGCAAAAGAUUAAAGGAUAAAAGCAAUUAGCUUGAACUCUUAGCUUCUAGACAACAUCAGACGAAGCUUCCUUCCUCUUUAGGCUAGAUUUACUGUCGGUAAAGCUCUGACAUUUACUGAGCAUGAUAGAGGUAAAGAACCAGAGCUGAGGACCGGCGUGAUGUUCAGACAUCAGAAAACCAGGAGACAGAGUCUCUUUCCCAACUGUAAACUAGCAUCCUCAGAGUCAACAGAUGACGUCGUUCCAUUUGCCAAAGAGCGCUCGCUGAAACAGUGGAGUUCAUUAAGUGAACUACAGAAGGACAUUUACGACAUAUUUGCAGACGACGAUGGCGAGGAGGUGGUGAAACAUUCCGAGCCGUAGUCGUUGUGGUUCGCGUCGCCCAACAGGAACCGCACGCUCAACCUGAACGUUGGAGGAAAGUCCUACCGCAUCACCUACAAAAUGGCAGCCAGGUACCCGCGGACUCGAAUCGGCCUUCUGGCCACCUCCACGGACCUCAGCUCGAAGCUGGACCUCUGCGACGACUACGUGGUGAAGGACAACGAGUUUUUCUUCGACCGAGAUCCGGACGUGUUCAACAGCAUCUUCAACUUCUACAGGACGGUGCUGCGGAUCAAAGAAGAGCUCUGUCCCCACAACUUCCUGCAGGAGAUCAACUACUGGGGCGUGCGGAUGAAAUACACGCAGCGCUGCUGCCGGAUCCUGCUGGAGGAGAAACAAGACGAGUUACGGGAGGAGCUGAAAGUUCAGGAGGAGCUGGAGGCGGAGGUGAAAAUCGAGGAAAACGAGGAGGCCUUCCGGGGAAUGUUCUCCGGGAAGAGACGAUGGGCGCUGUGGAACCUGAUGGAGAACCCCGUGCCGGCUAAACUCAUGGCGGUGGCGUCGAGCGUGUUCGUGAUGGUGUCGCUGGUCACCAUGACUUUGAGCACGGUGGAUGAGAUGGAGAACAUGUCGUCCGUUAACCGCUUCAGUGGAAAGACGUACGCCGAGUUAAUAGAAACGUUGUGUGUAGCUUUCUUCACCAUGGGGUAUCUGCUGCAUCUGGCGUCCACCCCUGACCUGAGACGCUUCGGUAAGAGCACGCUCAACGCCAUGGACCUCGUAGCCAUCCUUCUGCAGCUUCUGCAGUUUGUCAUCGAGAGAUGCGAGACGGGCGGUUCUGCUAAACAAAACUCAGACAUGGAGACGGUUGGACAGGUGAGCAAAGUGGGACAAGUGCUGCGUGUCAUGCGGCUCAUGCGCAUUUUCCGAAUUCUGAAACUGGCGCGUCACUCCACGGGCAUGAGAGCGUUCGGUUUCCCGUUGAGGCAGUGCUACCAACAGGUGGGAUGUCUCUUUCUCUUCAUCGCCAUGGGAAUCUUCACAUUCUCCGCUGUGGUUUACAGUGUGGAGCAUGACGUCCCUCACACCAAGUUCACUAGCAUUCCUGUGUCAUGGUGGUGGGCAUCUGUCAGCAUCUCUACUGUAGGCUACGGUGACAUGUACCCCGAGACGCUUCUGGGACGAAUAUUUGCCUUCGGCUGCAUUUCCUUCGGGAUCAUUUUGAACGGGCUUCCCAUCUCGAUCCUCUUCAAUAAAUUCUCGGAUUACUACGCCAAACUGAAAUCUCACGAGUACACGUUUAACAUGAAGAACCGAGGGAAGGUGAACUUCUUUCAGAGAGCAAAGGAGAAAUUCAACUGUGGCGGCGUUGAAGCGGUUUCACAGUCCAUAAUGACAUCUAAAGUCCCCGUGAACCGGACGUUGCGAUCGUUUUUACUUUCGUAUUUUAACGCAUUUCCCAGUGAAAUGGAAUUUCUAAAGAGAAAAGGCUUUCGUCUUUCUCUGCGAUUUGAUUGGAUGUAUAAAACAGCCGUUGCAUUCUGAAAUGGAACUGGCAGCAAACUGACAGUUGAAGGGGAGGAGUUUACAUAUGCUCCGCCCAAGCCGUCUAACAUACCCUACGUCAGUCACUACAAGAAGGAAGUACAUUUUCAGAUUUUAUCUAAAGAUUAUGAAGGCACACGAAUUUUAAAAAGAGAAUGUCCCACAUUGACAAACUAUUUACAAUAAACGCUGCAAUAUUUCAUGAAAAAUUUUUUUUUUUUCACUGGGACUUUAAUGCUGAAAAACACGCAAGCUGUUUUAUUUAUAUUGUUUUUUGAAAUGCCUUGUCUAACAGUGCCAAACUUGUACAUAAUAAGUUGUUAUGACUGUUUUACUGAUGUAAAUAUUUAAAUCGAACUACAGUAUUUGCAGUUCUGAGUUCUGUCUGCACUCACAUAAAUCAUGUGUUAAUUAUUAACACGCUAUUUGUGUUAUGCUUUUUAACACAUAAUGUGUCACAUUUUGUGUUGAUUUUGCAUUAAAUAAAUAAAGGGGACGACACAAGUUGAGUUAAAAGUAACACAAACUGUGUUGUCCCAGAAAUAACACAGAGAUGUGUUCUUACCUGAACACAAAACGAAACUGUUUUCGGAGUGUGGUUAUAUAAGCACAUUAGAUUGAAUAACAUACACAAUGGACAUGACCUCUUGAACUUGACCUCACUUACAAGUGCAAAAGAAGAUUAGUCUAAUUUGGCUUUUCAAUUAGCCACCAUUCAAAAUAGAUCAGACUGCUUUGUCAAGUAUUUCCACAGAACUGAGACGCUUGUUCUCAUGCCGUGAUAGCUAAAAAUUUAAUUAGAUAAAAAAUGUCUAAUAUCGCUGGGACAAUAUGGCAUAUUAAAGUAUUUACAUACUUUGUUACAGCUUACAUUUCAAAGCCAUUAAAAGAAUAA